GAUUCAGGUGUUCUAGAAGUCAUGAUGUGGGCUGUGCCUGUUGAAUUCCCAGCGAUGCAAGGGGACACACCCUGUGACUCAUUCCUUAAUUGAGUGCUGAUAUUUGAUUGGUUUAUGGAGCACCUGAUGGGUGGGUGGGGUGUUCGCGGUUGGUGGGGGUGAGUUCUAUAAGGGCUGAUGCGGCCAGAGAGCUCGUCAUUUGAAGACUCUCUCGGAAGAGAUAGCGUCUUUCUGCAACCUGCGGUCCCAGCAGAAAAACCUUGUGAUCCUUGUUCCAGGCGACAUGGAGGACGACUCACUCUACUUGGGAGGUGAGUGGCAGUUCAACCACUUUCAAAACUCAAAACUCACAUCUUCUCGGCCAGAUGCAGCUUUUGCUGAAAUCCAGCGGACUUCUCUCCCUGAGAAGUCACCACUCUCAUGUGAGACCCGUGUCGACUUCUGUGAUGAUUUGGCUCCUGUGGCAAGACAGCUUGCUCCCAGGGAGAAGCUUCCUCUGAGUAGCAGGAGACCUGCUGCGGUGGGGGCUGGGCUCCAGAAUAUGGGAAAUACCUGCUACGUGAACGCUUCCCUGCAGUGCCUGACAUACACACCGCCCCUUGCCAACUACAUGCUGUCCCGGGAGCACUCUCAAACGUGUCAUCGUCACAAGGGCUGCAUGCUCUGUACUAUGCAAGCUCACAUCACACGGGCCCUCUACCGUCCUGGCCAUGUCAUCCAGCCCUCACAGGCAUUGGCUGCUGGCUUCCAUAGAGGCAAGCAGGAAGAUGCCCAUGAAUUUCUCAUGUUCACUGUGGAUGCCAUGAAAAAGGCAUGCCUUCCCGGGCACAAGCAGGUAGAUUCAGGGAACAUGUCCAUCUUCGUCAGCUUUAAAAGUUUUGCACCAAAUGUGUUAACUGCAGUUGCACCAUACCAUGCGUAA